CCUGUCUUUGCUACUUGCAGUAUGGUCCUUCCAUCUCGCACUUUCUUUUUGUCACUGGUAGCCGAUCUCUCCGAAUCGUCUAUACAAGGCUGUAGCGUUGGGUUUACAGACGCUCAGGGAAUAGACGCUUUGGUCCAGAGGUCCAUCAUUAACGCUGUUUACCCGGAAUGGCAAGAUUGGCAAUGGUUUAAAUAGCCUUAAUUAAAUGUAUCGGAAGAUGUAGGUUUCCAAGCGUUCGGAUCUUCCUUUUUAAGAUCAAAAAGAUGAACCUCUUCCCGCAAUCGCUUUCUGUCCGCUCGUCUCGAACAUCGGAAGUCUGUGCUUUAAACUAAACAGGAAAUUGCUUUUUCAACACAUGCUUGACGUCCAUUUAUGAAGCGCUUUAUUUACUGGUCUUGCUGUUUUUCCUCGCGUGUCAAUUUUUGCUUCUUUUCACAUUCUAUACUGUAAUAUUAUCAGCCAUAACCUAUGCUUGCCAGUGAACGUAUUUCACGGAUUUUACCUACAGUCAAAUGCUCGGAUUGCGGGGAGGAUGUUCAUAUUCGAAGACUGUCCGAUCAUAUAUGCUCCAACCUUCCACCACUUCCAUCCUUUCCCUUGUUUCCGCAUGUAUCCACCAAAGAUAAAUUCGACCCCAUCAUGACCAAUUCGAUUUCACAGAUGUCUUCCUCGCAGUAUUACGACUCUUUACGAAAGAACAGCACUUCACCAGCACCACCUGCAUCGCAUUUCCCACAGCAGCCAUCGAUACAGCGACAAGACCCUGCACAGCAAUCAGUAGAACCAAGUCACGACAUAUCGUCCUCGCCCAGUCCGCAUCAAGACAAAGAAUUAGAUACACUCAUGGCAGAUAUCAUGAAAAGCUUGUCAGCUGAAGAUCUAACCCCCACUUUUGGCCAAGAGCCCACCUGCAAUGUCUGUAAUGAGUUGGUGGAUUCAAAAGAGGAAGUGAUUGCCAAAGACGACAAGCACUAUCACCCAGCAUGCUUCAAUUGCCAUUUAUGCCGAGCAGCUUUGGACGUCCAACAAGCAUGUUUUUUCCAUAACGGCAAGCUUUACUGCGAACGAGACUAUCAAGUCGUAAAAAAGCGAGACGUAUGUGCUGCGUGUGACCGACCUAUUACGGCAGGCACCACGCCCAUCAAAGCGCUCGGAAAAUUGUAUCACCCUGGUCAUCUAAAGUGCCACCAUUGUUCGGAACCUGUCAGUCAUCGUGGCUUCAAGGAACACCAGGGUAACGUAUUUUGUCGCCAUGAUUAUCGAAAACUUUAUCUUCCUCCAUGUCGGGCGUGUCAGCAACCUCUGAACUCCCAAGUCAUUUCGGCAGUGGAUGGCAGCUUGCAAGGAAAAUGGCACGUCGAAUGCUUUGGAUGUCAUACAUGCCAUCAACCGUUUCCGGGCAACACGUUUUACGUUUUUGACAAUGCUCCUUAUUGCAAGCGCCACUAUCACCAACUGAAUAAUUCACUAUGCCGGUCUUGCGAUGAACCUAUUGAAGGAGCAUGUGCACAGACAGCUGAAGGAUGGCGAUUCCAUCCAUCCUGCUUUGACGCAACUCAAAGCUAAUAUUAAGACUCACUGUACAGAUUGGGCACGUGGUUUCCAAGGAAAAGAAAGGUACAUGAAGAAACCCUCGGAGUGGAUUGUUGACAGCGCAAACGGUUGCAAAACAUAGAGUUGU